GAGUUGGAAAGAUCUGUUGAUAUAGCCUCGUAUAAUCCUCAGAGAAUUUGAUUUUGGCAUCUUUGGAUUGUUUUCUUUUCCUGCAAUUCAUUUCAACUGUUAUUCAGCGGCCUUUUCCUUCCUGACAUCCAUUCAUUUACUCGUUGUUGAUACUGGUAAUAUCCCAUUUCUCAGUGAUUCACACAUCAGUACUCAAAACGAAAUUGACUUCGUCACUCAUUUAUCAUAUAAAUUUUGAAUCGCGAGUGCACAAUAGGAUAGAUAAGAAAGAAGCAUUAGGGUAUCAAAUUGCAAGACGAGAAACAAUAUGAAGAUUUCUGACUUGGGACUGGUAUGUGUAGCAUGCACAGCUACUUUGAUCCAAGCGGAAAUCUUUUCGGCGCCAAUUUACUCUGUAACAAGAAACUCAACGUACGCGCAAGCAAAAAGAGCAGCUGCAAGAGAGGAGAUAAUUGCGAGGAGUAGAACCAAUAGUCAUAGGAGGAGUGCAAUCAAAAAAGAGAGAGCAAGGGCGUCACGGCGAGUCAGACAUGAUGAAGGUGAACAGAAGAGUUUAAAAGGCCCAGUUGGUGGUGUGGAGAACGAUGAUAAAUAUUUGGCGGCUUUGGGAGAAGGUAGGUUUCUGGACGAUGCAAGAGCAAGGUACGGAAGUGGAGUGCCAGAAUGGGAUUGGAAUGAACUGGUAUAUGUUAUAGACCUGGAGGUCGGAAGCCCACCGCAGAGUUCACGAGCUCUUCUCUCCAUAUCCGAUAAUGAUAUGUUCCUACCGUCGGUUGAUUGUGUGAAUACAUGCCACUCUCAUCAACUUUACGAUCCCUCUUUGUCAAACACGAAAACAUGGAUAGGCACUCUUUUUGCUGAGGACUAUGCUAGGUGUUCUGCAUUCGGCAGCAUAGUCUCAGACAGCAUCACUUUUGCCGGUCUAACUAUUUCACAACAAUUCGGCGCUGUCGAUAGUAUAGGUCGAUUUACAGAUCCGGACUGGGGUAACUUGGAAUGGGAUGGGCUCUUUGGACUAGCUCCUUCAUCCACGCACUCUGCGCACUCAAUUCCAAAUCCAUUCCUCAAUCUUCGUUCCCAGAAACUCCUUCAAACACCGGUCUUCACUCUCCUUCUCCCACAGACUCCAGACGCACCUGGUCUUCUCACCUUCGGCACAAUAGACCACACACAAUACACUGGCCCUCUUAAGCUUCUCCCUCUCCUAAAUCACACAAUCGUUCCACAAACUCGCUCCACCAUGCUUCCAGAUCUUAUCACCGAUCGCUGGCAAAUUCCCUGCAAAUCUCUGACCAUCGCUGGCACAUCCUCCUCUUACAACCUCCGUCCAUACAUCGCCAUCCUUGAAACGUCGUAUCCAGGUAUCGGCCUCCCUUCAUCUCUCGUCACCUCCCUGCACGCUUAUCUCGGAAUGGAGUUCCGCGGCUACGAUGUCCCACCUUCCAUUCCCUGUUCCCGUCGUGAUUCCUUACCCGUUAUUACUCUACAUCUCGGGGAGCACGAAUUUCCUUUAACGGCAUAUGAAUAUACAUUGGAAGUAGAUAGAAUGGAUAUAGGAGGUCAUAGGUGCGUAUCGUUGUUUAUGGAGAUGGAAGAGGAGAUGGUAGGGGAUGUGAAAAGUAUUGUAUUAGGAAGCGGGUUUUUGAGGAAUUGGUUUGGGGUGUUUAAUUUGAAUGAGAGGGAGGUGGCUUUUGGAAAGGUGGGGGUAAUUGGGGUGGCGGAAGAGAAGUAUGAAGUCUAGAACUUAAUGAGAUUGAUGGAAUUGUAAUGUUUGGGUUCAGGAACGGAGUAAAGUGGCUGGGAGCGAAACGUCACCUACGAAGAAAUGAAGACUCCGUGGUUGCUUGGUAUAAAAGUUAUCUUUAUAACCAAGGCGUUUUUAUGAGCAUCUAAGACACUUGGAAUUUGUAUUUGAUACUUUCAUCAUAAAAUUUACAAAACUGAACAAUCAGCUGAAUGACCAUUAAGAGCA